AGGGGUGUUUAUCAGGGAGUGGGGAGGCGGGUUCACAGGUUCUGAAUGACUGACAACCGGGGCAGCCAAUAGGAAGGGAGCAGAGUGGGCGUGGCCUGAUUGCUGGAUUGUGAUUGGCCUGAAUGCGAGAAGGGGCGUUCCCGUUGGCGGAAAGCUCUGGGCGUUGCAAUUGGAGGAGCGGUGGCGGGAGGGGCGGGGUUUGUUUGAACGAAACGCGGGUACAGCUGUGGCGACGACGCAGCCGCUGUGCAGAGGGUCGACUUUGGUGGUGGGGUCAGUGUCUGCGGUUGUGUCGGGGUCGGGGUCGGGGGGUAAUGGAAGCCGAGAGACUGGCCCGCAACCUUCACCACGCCGUGGAGGAGGAAGAAGCCGAAUCUGUGGAGCGAUGGUUACGGAAGAAUGCAGACCCCAAUCUGGUGUUACCAGAGGGUCUCGCAGCUGUGCAUUUGGCAUCCGUGAAGGACACAGAAGGUGGGCUCAAAUGCUUGAAACUGAUCCUUCAACACCAAGGAGAUCCUAACCUCGGAACGGUGGAGGAUCUCACCCCACUCCACAUAGCUGCCUCCUGGGGCUGUCUUAAGAGUUUAAAGUUGUUGCUCAGAUAUGGAGGGGAUCCGAGCCUCCAAGACCAGGAUGGAAUGAAACCGGAAGAUUUGGCUGAAGAACAAAAAAACAUGAAAUGUGUUCGGAUUCUCAAGGAAUAUCGACAGCUCAGCCUGAACCAGGAGCCUCUGGAUGUCUCCCCAAAGCACCAAUAUGUGGCAGCUUCACCACCACCACCACCACCAGUGGACGGGCGGCCGCGCUUCUUCACCGAUCCAACCGAGAGCCUCGCAGUUUCCCCGCCGCCCCGGAGCAACGGGGGAGGCGGCACCGUCAGCAGCAGCGGCGGCGCCUCGGGAGAGACCCGGUCUACAGGACCGCGAGCCCCGGGACCGGACGGCCAGACUCACACUGACGACCGCGGGACACUGCCCGACACCAGCACCGGUACCGGCACCGCCCGGUGUGACUCCCCCGAAGACCGGGCUUCUCUGAGUGGACUUUCGGCGGCGGCGGCCGAGGACCGGACACCGGGGCCGCUCCGGCCUGACCCGCGCGCCGCCGCAAACGGCCGCCUGUCCGAACCGGUGGACGCGUCUCUGCUCCUCUUCGACGACGAAGGCGACGGCGCGGCCAACGGCCGGGACUCCCCCCCGAGCGGCGACGGCGACUCGGACAGCAGCUCCGAGCUGUACGCCAGCGCGGUCGAGGGCCUCAAUGUCAGCCCGGACCCAGGCCCCGCCGCGGGGCGAGAGGGGACCCCGGGCCGAGGCGGCGGCGGCUCCGGCCUCGCGGUGCUCCUGAGGAAGGCGACGUCGGACCCGAAGAGGAGAGAGAGUGAGUUCGAGCCGUCGCCGCCGUCGCCCGUCUCCUCCUCCGCCUCCGCCGUCACCCCGCGCUCCGGCCGCCGCGAUUCGUCCCUGUUCGACCGGCCCGUGCCCGCCCCGGCGAGGGUCCGGCGGGUCCGCAGCCCCCCAAGGGCGGGGGAGGGAGGGAGACCCGUCGUCCCCUGCCGCCGCCACCACUCCUGGGACGGCCGAGGGAGCGACGAGGGGGUGGACGGAACGCCGCUCUCCCGCUCCUCCUCGUCGGGGCUCGAGGAGAGUUACCCGGACACGGUCCCGGUCGGGGCCGCGGUGGCGGCUGAAGCGCUCGAGGGUCACCGGGUGACUGUCCGGAGCCCCCGCGGGGGUCCGGGCGGAGACGACCGGUGGGACGACGACACGUGGCUCACGGAAAUCGGUGGCGACGAAGACGGCGGCGGCGGCUCCCGGUGCCCCGCGCUGCCCGACCCCGAGGGCUGCCCGGUGCCGGUGGACCGUCCCCCGGGGCAGGAGGCGGGGGGGCGGGGGUCGAGCGGCCGAUCGCCUCCCGCCGACCUCCUGUCCAACAGCCGCCUCCGCCUCCGGCUCCGGGACCUCGGGGCAGACCCGGGGCCCGUCACCCGCCUCACCAGGAACGUCUACCUCCGGCGCCUCAACCGGUUGGUCGCGGAGCCUCGGGCCCCGCGGCGGCGGCCUCCAAAAGCGGUAACUAAAAUGACUCGUUUCGCCGCAGAGUUCAGCGCUGAGCUUUGUCGGAGUCUUGAGACCUUCGUGAUCCCGGAUUGCAGACAGGAUGAGCUGAUACUGUCCCAGCAGUUUGAUCAGCCAGACCAGAUUCGCCGGUGGAGAGGGGGCCUUGUCAAAUCCAGCUUCAACUACCUGCUGCUCGACCCCAGAGUGACUAUGAACCUCCCGGCUCGGUCUCACGCACUGAGCGACGAUGACUGUUUCCGCAUUUUUGUCAACGCCAUCUUCUACGUGGGGAAGGGCAAGCGCUCUCGGCCGUACAGCCAUCUCAACGAAGCUCAGAAGCAUUUUAACAACGUGCGAGCACAGGUGAACAGUAAGUUACAGAGGAUUAUGGAUAUCUGGGCAGAUGGCCUGGGAGUCAUCUCUCUGCACUGUUUCCAGAAUGUAAUUGCUGUCGAGGCCUUUACCCGGGAGGCCUGCAUGGUCGACGCACUGGGGUUACCGAAGCUGACAAACCAGAAGAGGGGCGAUUACUACGGCACUGUGGCCACGUGGACUAUGAAACGCAGGCGGCAGCUGGGGGUGCACCUCAUACGCCAGGCCUCCCUCAUCUUCCUGGCUGAGGGCGAAAGGCAGCUCCGACCCGCGGACAUCUAGGCAGGAGAGCGGGAGACGUCAACAGGGCUACUUUGUAAAGAGGCCUUUGUGUGUGUGUGUGUGGGUGAGUGGGUGGAUGGGUGAG